AAUAAUAAUUUUUGAUUUUUAAAAGUGUAGCUUUACUUCUUUGUUUUUCAAAACUUUAGCACCAUCAUCAGUGUAUAUUGAGACUGGUUAAAAGACUUACUAAUAUUUGUUUGCAUGUUUUUAUGUUUUGAUAGAAAAAGAUUUAAGCAGCGUUAGCUCUAAGUUUCAGUCACUGCAGGUCUAAUGGGUCAGCGCCCUCCAAGGCACUCAGCCGACUGCAAACUGAGCAUAGUGCACCCACUAGUGGCCCAAAGGCACAACUUCAUGAACCACCGCAGGUGAAAAUAGCUCAUGAUUUAAAGCAAAGAAUUUCACGCCUUACCUAAGAAAAAAUAAUCUACCACAGGAGAUUAAAAAUGUGUCACAGAGAAAGGGAAAAUAGGAGAAACGCUCGAGGAUGCGAUGAAGCGAAUGGAUAAAAUGAUGAGAAUAAGGAUGUACAGUUAUGUGGGUGUGUGAGAACGAGAUGCCCACAGAUCUCUGAGACGCUAAUCUCCCUAUAGUGUCAUGGUGCCAGUAGGAGGCAAAGAGGCUUCCCUUCUGCCCCAGAAUGAACAAUGAAAUCGACAUACACUCGCAAUAGCACACUCAUACAGAAACGUACGGUGAUGAGUGUGUAAUAAAACAUGCGUGUGACAUGUCAGCAUCAACUGUGCUUAACUGCAGAUAACUGCAGUUGUGCGUGUGUGUGUGUGUGUGUGUGUGCACACUGAGGCAUUUCUUUCAGCCUCUGGGGAAGCACAGCUCUUCAACACAUUGCGGAGAGACAUCCCCCGCUGUUAUUUCUGGUUUCUUUAUAUAUUAUGCAGUAAGCUAUUAUAUAAAGAGCUGCCUCCUCUCUCUUUUUUUAUUUAUUUCUCUUUUGCAUCCCACCUCCCAGCUUCUGGUUCUUUCCCUCAGUGAGAGAAUAAUCUGGAAUCCUCUCGGGGAAGCUUUGAUCUCCCCCUCAUCCUUCCAAACUCUCUCACACACACACAGAUCUGACUGAGAGGUUCUCUGGGAAUGUCUGUGUACAGUUUCCCAUGGAUUGACUCUAAAGUGACAAGAACUAUGAGAUAUUUUCUCAUUAGCGAAGGCGUCCAUCCUCCAGGGUUCCACAAAUACAAUUUGUGACUAUACUGACAAAAUCACAAGCGCCCCUUGAAACUGGCCACUGGUACUGAUGUAACGGUGUAUUCCAGUCAGGUGGCCCUCGCCUUGUACACUGCAGCGUUAUCAACACCUUCUCCAAGGACAGCCCAUUGAUUCUGCCAGCGAGUCCGACAGACAGAGAGAUUGAUGACUGUGUUGGCAAGUGGCAGUCUGGAGAGAAAUUGACAUGUAAGUGGCGGAGAGUGAGGGAGAGACGGAGGGGAAGGAGGGCAAGCGAUUUUCAGUCUGUGCAUUGGUGGAUGCAAGCGCAGGCGAUGUGUGUGGUGUGUCCUCGUGACAGCUCAGCAGCUACGCCACAUGUCUGCCUGGGAAGGAAAGGGGGAAGCCUCUCCUCUUCUCUCCUCCUCUCCUCUCCUCUCCUCUCCUUUCCUCCUUUCAAAACGGCCUCGCACUGGCCGACUGAUGCUGUUGCCAUGGCGUUGGGGUGUUCUGGUAAUUGGCGUACACACUGUAUGUAGAAAACUGUGGGCUGUUGUCACCUAAAUUGGGGAAGGAUGCAAUUAUCUCCCAUAUCUCCUUUUUUUUUCGCCUCUCUGACCAUCUCCCCCACUCUCAUGUUGUCUCUCAGUUGCUAAAAAUAGCCUUUCACAGACACGCUGACAGCAUCUAAUAUUGGAAUUGUGGUGCGGAUAAUGAACAGGCUUGUGAGUUCUCCACAAUGGCUGCCGCACUCGGGGAUGUCAGGAGACAAGAGGAGACUCAAAAGGGGGAGAGGGAGAGGAGCGGAUGAUAAUAGAGAUAAUGGCAAUAAAAAUUACAGUCGCUGUACAUUCACAUUCCUCAUAAUGAACCACAUCGCCUUAUUCCACCCUUAUUGUUUUACUGUAGAGGGGAGGCAUCGUUGUACGGCUCAAUGACAUUCCUUCACAAUGGCUGACUUCAUUAUAAAAAAAAAAAGACUAUCUGAGUUACAGAAGGCUGGGAAUUAAAGGGUUUAUCUGCAGCAGUUGCACAGUUGGAUAAAAAGAAGAGAGGAAAAGUCUGGAAUUCAAGUCUGGAUAUCAUAAAUCAAUCACUUCUGAACCUCAUGUAUACACCAAUGCCAAGCUGUAAUUAGGGCCCCCCCCUUCUCCCCACUUUCUGUCAAAUCAUGUGUUCUGAAUAGAGCGUGUUGCUGGGGCUGGCAGACUACAGAAGGGGGAAAAGAGACAGAAGAGGGAGGGAGAAAACAGAGAGAGAGAGGGAGAGAGAGAGGCAGGGUAGGAGGGAGAGUGAGCACUACAGCAGUGAGAGCAGUGAAGCAAGACAAAUCCAGUGGAGGAACCCCCCCUCUAGUCAGAUGAACAUCACUGCCCUCCCUCCUCCUCCUUCUCCUCCUCCUGCCUAUCUCCAUCGCUGUUUUUCCCCCUCCUCCUCCUCCUCCUCCUCCUCUCUUCUUCUCCAUUAUUCAUCAGUGCGCUCAGAGUCCCCAGCACACGGCUCCAGCUGCUGCUGCUCCAGCCGAUCCACCGAGCCUGCUGGAUCUCCUCCUCAGAUAGCCUGGCUACAGCACCUACUUUCUCCUCUAUCCAUCCAUCCACCCAUCCCCAGGCAUGGAGGCUCAGAGCUGGCACUUUUCUGCUGCUGAGAGGGAGAGUGAGCCAUCAUCAAGCUGCUCUCUUAGCUGCUGGGAAGAGAAACACUAGAGGAGAGAAGGGAGGAUUUUUAUGUCCUUUUUGGCGCUGAAGGAAUCCUGUUUGUCUGCCUCUAUAUUUUUUCGAUUGGAUUACAGUUCUGGCUUUGUGUAGGAACGAAAAAACGGGGUCCAAAAUGCCUGAAGCCAAUUACCUGCUGUCUGUGUCUUGGGGUUACAUUAAGUUCAAGAGAAUGUUGAAUCGGGAGUUGACGCACCUAUCUGAGAUGAGUCGGUCUGGGAAUCAGGUUUCCGAAUUCAUCUCCAACACCUUCCUCGACAAACAGAAUGAGGUGGAGAUCCCAUCGCCGACGUCCAAGACUCGAGAGAAGAAGAAGCAGCAGAAGCAGCAGCUGAUGACACAGAUCAGCGGGGUCAAGAAGGUCUCCCACGGGCCCUCGCUCUCCAGCAGCAGCAUCUCGCGUUUCGGCGUCAAGACCGAUAAGGAGGAGCUGCUGUCCAAGGAGCUGGAGGACCUUAACAAGUGGGGCCUGAACAUUUUCUCUGUUUCGGAGUACUCCCACAACCGGCCUCUUACGUGCAUCAUGUACGCCAUCUUCCAGGAGCGAGACCUGUUAAAGACAUUUAAAAUUCCUGCGGAUACGUUUGUAGCCUACAUGAUGACAUUGGAAGAUCACUACCAUUCAGAUGUGGCGUACCAUAACAGCCUGCAUGCCGCCGAUGUGGCCCAAUCCACACAUAUCCUCCUAUCCACUCCAGCCCUGGAUGCGGUCUUCACAGAUCUCGAGAUCCUAGCAGCCAUCUUUGCGGCAGCUAUCCAUGAUGUAGACCAUCCUGGAGUGUCAAACCAAUUCCUAAUCAAUACCAAUUCUGAGCUGGCGCUGAUGUACAAUGAUGAGUCUGUGCUAGAGAACCAUCACUUGGCUGUGGGAUUCAAGCUACUGCAGGAGGACAACUGUGACAUCUUCCAGAACCUCACAAAGAAGCAGCGACAGUCCCUGCGAAAGAUGGUCAUUGACAUGGUUUUGGCCACUGACAUGUCCAAACACAUGAGUCUGCUGGCUGAUCUGAAGACCAUGGUGGAGACUAAGAAGGUGACAAGCUCUGGAGUGCUGCUGCUGGACAAUUACACCGACAGGAUACAAGUGCUGCGUAACAUGGUGCACUGUGCUGACCUGAGCAACCCCACUAAGUCCCUGGAGCUGUAUCGUCAGUGGACUGAUCGGAUAAUGGAGGAGUUCUUCCAUCAGGGAGACAGAGAGAGGGAGAGGGGGAUGGAGAUCAGCCCUAUGUGUGACAAACACACAGCAUCAGUGGAAAAGAGCCAGGUGGGUUUUAUUGACUACAUUGUGCACCCUUUGUGGGAGACCUGGGCCGAUCUGGUCCACCCUGACGCCCAGGACAUUCUGGACACGUUAGAGGACAACAGGAACUGGUACCAGAGCAUGAUCCCCCAGAGUCCCUCCCCGCCCUUCUAUGACCAGGGCACACAUGGACACAGUGGAGGCACUGGGGGGCAGGGAGGCGGGGAGAAAUUUCAGUUUGAGCUGACCUUGGAGGAAGAGGACUUGGAUGGAAUAGAGAAAGAUGGUGAAGAGGAGGAAGAAGAGGAAGAAUUAGAAGAAGAGGAGGAUAGUCUAGGCGAUUCCCGUUCUCCUCCCCUGGACUAUUUGGACGUUCAGGAGCAGGAAGAGGGCAGCAUGAUGGAGCCCACGACGGCAAUAGAGAUUGUGACACACGAGGCGUCACCCACAGACACAUAGGGCUUCCAUCAUCAGGCUCACAUGGUGAUUUGAAAUUUUUUUGGAAAAGAGGGGAGAUCCUCUUGCAGCUGUGCUUUUUGAUAAGCCCACAGAAGCAAGGGCUUAGUUUCGUCCCGCACAGGGUCUUGCACUUGGGUGUUUGAAGCCAGACACGGACGGACAGUUUCAGUGAAGCGGCUUCAGAGUUCUCAGGAAAUAAUUACUGCGAACAUUUUAGUCUUGACAGUCGAGGGAGACGGAGCGGAUCUUGAAGGAUUUCGGCCAGUUUGGGAAAUGUUAUCUUUUCUUUUCUGGACUGGCAUUAAAUGGACAUUGACACUACUGAGAGAAGUUUUGUACCUUAAGACUUUUUUUUACAGAUAUGAUAUGAUCUAGAAGUAGCAUAGUAUAGAGUAAGAUCUACUGAUGGAGACACAUUUGUAUAGCAAGAGAAAGUGUUUACUUUUUUCCUGUACCAUUUGUCAAAGGACUUUUGUGUGCCUUUUUUACUAUUGUCUUUAUAAUAGUUUUUUAUUUAUUGAACACUCUAGUAUGUCUGUGAAAUGUUUUUUUUUUCUUAUCUGAGAGCAAAAUCUUUUUUGUAUGUUAAAAAGAGAACAGUCUUCCAUGUAUUGGGCAAUAGAGAAAUCCAAACAAAUGUCAACAAACAACUCUUGGACAAACUCAUCUACAUAGGGAAACAUUAACACCCGCUUCUCAUGCACACUUUGUCAUGUCUGUUUUUCUCAAUCCGAGCACAAUGUUUUUCUUUACGCGUGCAAUUCAGACGUUUCUAUUCACUGAUGGUUAAUGUUACAUGUUAGAUGUGUUUGUUGCUUUCUCGGUCAGUCAGUGAAUGUCACAGUCACACUGAAAAACAACACUUCUUUUCAUUCUCCAUCUCUUUCUCUUUUUCUUUGUUACGGUCUGCAGACCAUUUAGGGCUUCCUACAUUUUCACACCAAAACUUGACUUUUUAAUGCAAAAUGCAACCAUACGGCCAAGUAUUCCUGCAAAAUCUCCAGUAAAAGUAUUGGGAUAUUUUAUUUAUAUGAUUUUGUCUUCAUUUUCGCAUCCAGUUGUUGUUGUGUUGGUGUGAUAAUUACCAGAUAAUGUCAGCAGAAAUGCAAGCAGGUCCAAGAACACUCAUAAAAACAGUGUUUAGAUCUGUGAUAAAAUCAGAAACUAAGUCUGCCCAUGACAAAAUGCACAAGAUCAGUGAAGCUAUUUAGCCCACAGAUAUGCUGCAGUCUUCAUAAUCCUGUAAAUUGGAACGGGUACUGACCCCAGACCCGUCUGAUGUAAUGCACCCCUUCCUCUCUGCAAUCAGGCCCAGACCAGAUGAUUAAAGGUGCUCUUACAGCUGCCUGUCUGAAAGGCGCUCUCAUACCCUCAUCAGUGCCACUAUUCAGAUGGUUUACAAACCCCUCUGGGCUCCACAGACACGACCCCAAAACAAUCAGGCCGGCUAUUUCUUCCUCACGAUAAAAAUCCCUCAAGUGCAGCGUCUGCUCAUUGACGUCAGACUGACCCCCCCCACCCCACCCCCUCUCCCUCCACUGUAUCAGGUUUCCAGGACAGUUGGGUUAUUAGGAUUUGGCACAGAUGGAACUGCGGCAUUCAGCACUGCAGACUGUAACCUUUUGAAAAAAGAGGAAUAAUUAGAUGCUGUAUGUUUAAAACAAAUAAAAAAAUACCUCUUUUUUCCCUUCAUUAAUGCAUUGAGAAAACCCGCUUUGAAAAUGGUUUGCAGACUUCACAUUUCUGCUCCUGUGGCUUCCACGACUAAUUUUAAUGGAUGUUCUCGUUGUAUCUGUAAUCAAAAAUCUCCACUUUUAUAUUGGUUUACUGAUACACUCAAAAGGUACUUCAUAUACUUCCACUCCAGUAGGCUUAAGUGGCAAUUGUCUGUGUGCCGUAUAUACGUAUGAAAGGUUUUGUAUGUGUGUGUGUGUGUGUGUACAUUUGGAUGACGUGACUUUGUCAUCAGGCCUUACCCCCAUCACUCCAUACCUUUGUCUCUACUGUUUGUUGCUAGGAGCUCAAGUUGGUCCUUUUUGCUGUUUAUAACAGUGUGUAUUUAUUCUAUACUUUUAGCUUGUAAAUAAGAAAUACUGGUUCAGUGUAAAAUCUAUUUUAAUUUAUAUGCACUUGCAUUACCUGGAAGUGGUGGUGUCCAAUGUGUAGAAGACUCUGGAUUAGAGUCUUUUUAUAUAUGUAUUAUAUAUUGUUUUUAUAUAUAUAUAUAAAUAUAUCUAAGUAUAUAUUCGCACAAUGUUUUGAGUGCCCAGCAGAGAAGCAGCUAAAGAGACACAUUGUUGUUGUCACAUGAGAACCUUGUAAUUCUGUUGUUCUUUUUACAGAAAAUUGUCUCUUAAUGUAAAAUCACCGACAAGAAAAUGAAAAACUUUUCAGCUUAUUAUGCAUAAAUAUUAAACCAAAAAUGUGCUCACUUUGGAAUCACUUUUAAAUCUUAAUUAAGGUCAUGAUAUUAUUGAAAUGUUAAGUCUGUUUAAUUUCAGCUUAGUUAGGUUACAUUUCUUAAAAUAAUAGCCCAAAUUUUAGAGGACUUUAAAUAUCCUCCUUUUUUUGUUUUUUUAGAUUUUUUUGAUGAAAAACAAUUUUGAAGUUGCAAGAUUUUCAUUUGACAGCAACAAUUUGGUAACCCAGAGGCGACAUAGAGGACAUGUUAAACUGCAUUGGCUUGGAUAUAGGAUACAAAACAAGCUAAGGAACACAGAAGCUUAGUCAAUGCUCGGUAUCAAAGUACACAGAUAGUUUAUUUUCUCUCAGCAGCUUGUCACAACCUAAGCUUCUCCACCCAGCAUUUGAAUGCAGAUUGCUGAUAUAUGAGGCCAGAUACUGGUUCGACUGAAAAACACAAAGCGAUUGUCUCCUUUUACACUUAACGCACUUCAUGUAAAAGUAGAUAACACGGGGACAGUGUUGGUAGCAUGCUACAAUGCGCCCCGCACUGACGUGAAUCGUUCUGAGUUAACAACAAAACAUGAUCUUAUGUAACUGAUUGUGCUAAUGUGUGAACUGUCUGACCAAACUUGUUAGCAGUUUUGAAAUUCAAAUUUGUCAGUAUUAACAUUGUUUAUCUAUGUUCAAGCUUUUUUUGGUCCUAGUUGUGUCCAAAUGGUUAGCCAGAUUUAGCACUAUCUGCAUGAGAGAUGAUUUUUUUUUUUUUUUUUUUAAUUGUCAAUAAUAUGUUCAAGUCCACCAGUUGUUGAAGGUGGGUUAUUAAAUGUUUCACACAAUGUAUGGUAUUAGGCUAUAUUGUAUAUUGUGUUCAAAGAUGAAUCUGAAAUACUUUUUCUAUUAAGUGAUUAAAAGCAAAGCAUGAAUAUA